AUGGCAUUACCACUCUCAUGUUUCCUAUUCGGUUUCGCCUUUUGCCAUCCCUUCGUCGAUUUACCUGUGCCGGUGCCGUUCGACAUGCCCCUGCCUGUGCCAAUGCUGAUGCCGCAGAUGUUCCCUGUCUAUUUACCAUACAUGCCCAGUUCGAGUGAUUUAAUCGUUUCUGGAACGAGUAAGAGCAGCAACAAGAAACCUGUUGCUUACUACAAAGUUAUCAAUGACAAACUUCCUGGAGGAUAUGGACGUGGCAAGGUUUAUGAGUAUCAUGGUCCCGGACAUGACGAAUACGUUCACAGCUACGGUACAUCUCAAGCCUUCGGUGACCCAAGCAGUGGCAGCUUUGGCUCAUCACAAAGCAGCUCAUCUGGAUUCUUCAAAUCGUUCUCAGACUCCUGGGACUCUUCGUCAGGUGUCCACCAGCCCAACGUCGCCGUAGCUGCAGUACCAACAGGCGACCGCCAGCGCACUGUCGCCGCGGCGGUAAUACCAAGUGAAAAAACUGUGGAGGCAGUUGGCAGUAUGGGAACACAUACCGCGGUCACAAUAGUCUCUGGAUUCACCGCGUUGGCUGUGAUCGGCUCCAUUGCUGGCAUCGUCUACAUCGUGAACGACCUGAACUCCUUCUACGAUGACGCAAUUGAAGACCUCACCUCCUUUAAGGUGGUAGCCGAUGAAGCAUGGAACAAAAUGCUACCAAACCCUGCCGAUCUUGCCCGCGAGAAACGUGCUCCAACAAAGGCGCGGGCGGAUGGUGAGCCAGGAAUCGAUGGAAAGCCAGGACUCAAAGGCUUGAACCCGGGUGACGGCAAGGGCUAUGUGGGAUGUGUGCCUUGUCCUCCUGGAGAAGCUGGACAACCAGGAGCCGAUGGUCCACCAGGUCCCGCUGGUCCUGACGGUAACCCUGGUGCUCCUGGAAACGGAGGUACUUAUGCCGAAUCAGGGCCACCAGGACCACCUGGUGACAGUGGAAACCCGGGAAGUGACGGGCAACCAGGAUCUCCUGGUCGGCCAGGCGCCGCAGGAUUUACUGGAAGAGGAAAGCCUGGACCACCAGGACGACCUGGCCUACCAGGACGAGCGGGACAACGAGCUGCUGGUAACGAUGGACCGCCCGGCCAGCCAGGAGGACCGGGAGAUGCGGGAGGCGACGCAGCUUACUGCCCUUGCCCUCCGAGAGGUUAUGCCGCUCAAUCAGGCCCUUCUUCAUCCGUCAACAAUCAGAGCCCUCAGGCCAAUCUGCCUCUGGAGACUACAAAUCGCAGCGCAAAGUCCAACGAGCCAUCGCCAAAUAUCCGUCCAGAAUUUCGAAAAAAGUUGUUGUGA